UUUCAUCACCUAAUAUAAUCAUAACCAUAUUAUAAAUAGUUUAAUCAUUGUACAAUUCACAUCUUUAGUAUUUCUUGAAGCAAUUCCAAAAUAAAGUUCUUUUGGCUUCCUCCUCCCACAUUCUUAUUUGGUUGAGGAGAAUGAGAUCAUCAAGAACACAAAGUGUUCAUUUCUUAAUUUUAUCUCCUCUUUUCCUAAUAAUAUAAAAUUUGAAAUCACAUUUGUAACACUAAUUCUCAAAUCCUAAACAUGAAACCUUCAUCACCAAUUUCACUCACUAGUUCUUCAAUUGCUAGAAAAGCUCGUUUUUCUCCUUACCUCUUCACACUCUUAGCCUUCAUUCUUUUCGUCUCUGUCCUCUAUGGUGAAGAUUUUAUGUGCAUCUUUGGACAGCUCGAGCCUAACUUCGUCCUCCCGCCUUCUCGAACACCCGAAAAGAAUAAGAAAUCGGAGAAGCUUGCGUUUGCUAUUGGUAAAACAGAGGAAAGCUGUGACGUUUUCAGCGGGAAAUGGGUGAGAGAUGAAGUCUCCCGACCACUGUAUGAGGAAUGGGAGUGUCCGUACAUUCAACCUCAGCUUACAUGUCAAGAACACGGCCGUCCCGACAAAGACUACCAGUUUUGGCGGUGGCAGCCUAAUCACUGCGAUCUUCCCUCGUUCAACGCGUCACUGAUGCUGGAGACAUUAAGAGGGAAGAGGAUGAUGUAUGUAGGAGACUCGUUAAACCGUGGAAUGUUUGUAUCAAUGAUUUGUCUUCUUCAUCGUCUUAUUCCUGAAGAUCAGAAAUCAAUUAAAACCAAUGGUUCCCUCACUGUCUUCACUGCCAAGGAGUAUAACGCGACGAUAGAGUUCUAUUGGGCACCGUUUCUUCUAGAAUCGAAUUCAGACGAUGCAAUUGUCCAUAGAAUAUCGGAUAGGGUUGUGAGAAAAGGAUCAAUUAACAAACAUGGUCGUCACUGGAAAGGAGUCGAUAUAAUCAUCUUCAACACUUAUCUGUGGUGGAUGACUGGAUUGAAGAUGAACAUCUUGCAAGGAUCGUUUGAUGAUAAAGAGAAGAAUAUCGUAGAGGUUUCGACUGAAGAUGCGUACCGGAUGGGUAUGAAGAGUAUGUUGAGAUGGGUGAAGAACAACAUGGAUCGUAAGAAAACUAGGGUCUUCUUCACUAGCAUGUCUCCAACGCAUGCCAAGGGGAUAGAUUGGGGAGGUGAACCGGGUCAGAAUUGCUAUAAUCAGACAACACUUAUAGAAGAUCCAAGCUACUGGGGAUCAGAUUGUAGGAAAAGCAUAAUGAAAGUGAUUGGAGAAGUGUUUGGAAGAUCGAAAACACCGAUAACGUUACUGAACAUAACGCAAAUGUCGAAUUACAGGAAAGAUGCACAUACGUCGAUAUACAAGAAGCAGUGGAGUCCACUUACAGCGGAGCAGCUGGAGAAUCCAACGAGCUAUGCGGAUUGUGUACAUUGGUGCUUGCCUGGCCUUCAAGAUACUUGGAAUGAGCUUCUCUUUGCUAAACUUUUCUAUACUUGAGAUAAGAGAAAACAUUUUUUUCCUUUGAAGACGACAGCGCUUUUUGAGUUUGGAAAGAGAUCUUGUGGAGAAAUUGUAAAAUUUAGUCAUUGAAUUGAUAUUGUCUUUUUUGGUUGUGAGAUAAAAAGGUUUGACAAAUCGAGAAUGAUAAGUAGCCUCUAAACAGUCUAACUAAUGUAAUGUAGCAAAAAGAACAAAAAGUGGUCUCUACUGUAAUCUUCUAAUUUAUAAGUGCUGAUUCGCCAAACCUAACUGACAAAACUCG